UCUUUUUUGUUGCGAACAAAGUUCGAUUUUGAAACGAGCUCAAUAUUUCGAACUGGAAUAGUUCAAUAUGAAAUUGGUUUGUUAGACUCUGGCUGAAAUUGGGUAGAUUAGUUUGUUAGUUGUUAAAUAUGCGAGUAUUUUUAUUUUCUAUGUAUAAACGAUCAGAUGAUGUUACUCCAUGUUAUUUUCGAUUAUGAGUAUGUUUAUCACAAAUAGCGUAAUAUCUUAGCUGUCAAUAUUGAAAUAAGCAAAUGCUUCAAAAAUAGGUUGUCCCUGAAAUUUAGCUGAAACCAUAAAAAAUAUAGAACUCCAAUAAGAAAAUUUGCUGUCUUCCAAAGAAUAUGGGGUCUGAGUUAACAAUCUAUUCUAUUAUCUUCUCUCAUUUUUUUCCUUUUUCAUGUAUAACUGAAUAAGAGAAAUUGGCCUCCUCAUCAUUCCCAUUCCCAGAUCUCCCCUAACUACUAGCCUCUUAUUGAGGACAAAAGAUAGAAGCGUUUUAUUUAUUCCAUCACCUAAAAUUGAAAGUUGUUUCCUGUAUUCGUAUUUGAUAGAAGAGAGGGAAAUCUCUCUCUUCCUGUCAACUUUGAUCUUCCCCAAUGGGCUCUAGUGGAGAUCUCUCUCUAGAGCAAAUAAAGAAAGAGAAUGUCGAUCUUGAAACAGUCCCUGUGGAGGAAGUUUUCAGUCAGCUGAGAUGUACCAAAGAAGGUUUAACCUCCUCAGAGGGGGUAAACAGGCUUGGAAUAUUUGGCCCAAAUAAACUUGAGGAGAAGAAGGAGAGCAAAUUACUCAAGUUUUUGGGGUUCAUGUGGAAUCCUCUAUCAUGGGUGAUGGAGUCAGCUGCUAUAAUGGCUAUUGCUAUGGCUAAUGGAGGAGGGAGGCCUCCAGAUUGGCAAGACUUUGUUGGUAUUGUUGUCCUGCUUCUAAUCAACUCAACCAUUAGUUUCAUUGAAGAAAACAAUGCAGGAAAUGCCGCAGCCUCUCUAAUGGCCAAUCUUGCUCCCAAAACUAAGGUAUUGAGAGAUGGGAAAUGGGGUGAGGAAGAUGCAUCUAUUCUAGUUCCUGGAGAUAUAAUAAGUAUCAAGUUGGGAGAUAUUAUACCAGCAGAUGCUCGUCUCUUGGAAGGGGAUCCCCUGAAGGUCGACCAGGCUGCCCUUACCGGCGAAUCCUUACCAGUCACCAAGAACCCAGGUGCUGGAGUCUACUCUGGUUCUACCUGCAAACAAGGUGAAAUUGAGGCUGUUGUUAUUGCUACUGGUGUCCACACCUUCUUUGGCAAGGCUGCUCACUUGGUGGACAGCACCAACCAUGUUGGCCAUUUCCAAAAGGUGUUGACUUCCAUUGGUAACUUCUGCAUCAUAUCCAUUGCCGUUGGUAUGGUGAUUGAGAUUAUAGUGAUGUUUCCCAUACAACACAGGAAUUAUAGGGAAGGCAUUGACAACCUCUUGGUUCUCCUCAUUGGUGGGAUUCCAAUUGCCAUGCCAACUGUGUUGUCAGUGACAAUGGCUAUUGGUUCUCACCGGUUAUCCCAACAGGGAGCCAUAACCAAGAGGAUGACAGCCAUUGAGGAAAUGGCUGGUAUGGAUGUCCUCUGCAGUGACAAAACUGGUACCCUUACCCUUAACAAGUUGACCGUUGACAAGGCCCUUAUUGAGGUAUUCUGCAAGGAUGUAAACAAGGACAAUGUGGUCUUGUUAGGUGCACGAGCCUCUAGAGUUGAGAAUCAAGACGCCAUUGAUACUUGCAUUGUUGGGAUGUUGAGUGAUCCUAAAGAGGCAAGACAAGGAAUUGAAGAGAUACAUUUCCUACCUUUCAAUCCUGUGGAGAAGCGCACUGCCAUUACUUACAUUGACUCAGAUGGAACUUGGCACAGGGUUAGCAAAGGUGCUCCUGAACAGAUCAUUGAGCUUUGUAACGUCAAGGGUGAGGCAAUGAAAAAGGCUCAUGCUGUCAUUGAUAGCUAUGCUGAGCGUGGACUUAGAUCGUUGGCUGUUGCUAGACAGACUGUGCCAGAGAAAUCAAAGGAGAGUGUUGGGACUCCAUGGGAGUUUGUAGGUCUGUUGCCUCUUUUUGAUCCUCCAAGACAUGACAGUGCAGAAACUAUACGUCGGGCACUUGAUCUAGGUGUCAAUGUUAAGAUGAUUACUGGUGACCAACUUGCUAUUGGAAAAGAGACUGGACGUAGGCUUGGCAUGGGCACCAACAUGUAUCCUUCUUCUACCCUUUUAGGACAAAACAUGGAUGAGUCUAUUGCUUCAAUUCCGGUAGAAGAGCUCAUAGAAAAGGCGGAUGGUUUUGCUGGAGUCUUUCCUGAGCAUAAGUAUGAGAUUGUAAAAAAGCUGCAAGAAAGGAAACACAUAUGUGGUAUGACUGGAGAUGGUGUGAAUGAUGCACCUGCACUAAAGAAGGCAGACAUUGGUAUUGCGGUGGAUGAUGCGACAGAUGCAGCAAGAAGUGCAUCAGACAUAGUGUUGACAGAACCAGGUCUAAGUGUGAUAAUAAGUGCUGUACUGACAAGUAGAGCCAUCUUCCAAAGGAUGAAGAAUUACACAAUCUAUGCUGUAUCAAUUACAAUCCGUAUAGUGUUUGGGUUCCUGUUAGUUGUCCUAAUAUGGAAAUAUGACUUCCCACCCUUCAUGGUAUUGAUAAUUGCCAUCCUCAAUGAUGGUACCAUUAUGACAAUAUCUAAAGACAGGGUGAAGCCUUCUCCAGUGCCUGAUUCCUGGAAACUCAAUGAGAUCUUUGUCACUGGAAUCAUUCUCGGUAGUUAUAUGGCUCUCACUACAGCUUUGUUUUUCUUCAUGGCUCAUGACACCAAUAUAUUCACAGAAUGGUUCGGCGUAAGAUCAAUCAAGGACAACGUUGAUGAACUAACAGCAGCUUUAUACCUUCAAGUGAGUAUCAUAAGUCAGGCGCUAAUAUUUGUGACGCGGUCAAGGAGUUGGUCGUUUGUAGAAAGACCUGGUUUUCUACUACUGGUUGCAUUCCUAGCAGCUCAAUUAGUGGCAACACUAAUUGCAGUAUAUGCUAAGUGGGAUUUUGCAAGGGUGGCUGGGAUUGGAUGGGGAUGGGCUGGAGUAAUAUGGAUAUUCAGUAUCGUAACAUACAUACCACUUGACAUUCUCAAAUUUAUUGCCCGAUACUCCUUGACAGGACAGGCAUGGGAUAACAUGAUCCAAAAUAAGACUGCUUUCACAACAAAGAGGGAUUAUGGAAAGGGGGAAAGAGAGGCGCAGUGGGUGGUGGCUCAACGUACGCUUCACGGUCUCCAAACACCUUCAAAUGAUAAUGACACCAAUAACUACAGGGAGUUGUCUGAGAUUGCUGAGCAGGCCAAAAAGCGAGCUGAAAUGGCAAGGCUCCAGGAAUUGCACACUUUAAAAGGACGUGUUGAGUCGGUGGUCAAGACCAAGGGACUCGAUAUUGACACCAUUCAACAAAGCUAUACAGUUUAAAAUAUAAAUGCUUAUGGAGCACUGAAAGAGAGAGACAAAGUCAUUCAUUUAAGCACUAGAUAUUACUUCAUGUUUUUUUGUUUUACUUUUUAGGUGUUUUAAGUACUACUUAGUCACUAAUAUUCCAUGACAUUAUUGCCUUGUUUUAGUAAAAAUACAAAAAUAAAACCCACUAAUAUUAUGUAUGGAAUCAAGCAGUUUUCUUACACAAAUCUUUCAUUUAAUGCUACAAGUUUAUAUCU